GCUUGGGCUGGAGCUGGAGCCUGGGCUGCUUUAUUAUCAGCUGGAGGAAGGAGACGGUGCGUAAAGGGCAGAGCCAGGAGCCGCGAGCCCCCCGGCAGCAGCAGCGCGCCGAUUCCUCUCCCCCAGGCAGCAGCGGCCGGAGCAGGCAGCGCCCCCGCAGCUCCGCCGCCUCCCGCGCUCGCCCCGAGCGGCUCCGGGGAGCCCGGGCAGGCAGCGGGGAGCGGAGGCGUCGCUCCUGCCCGGCCCAGCGCGCCCAUGUGAGCCCAGCCGGGGCCGGCACCGAGCCCUCCCGCAGCAAGAUGCCCGAGUCCCAGCCGCUCUGAAGCGCCCAGGACGCUCCGCAGACGCCGGGACGGUCGCUGGAGGAGGCCGUCGGGGCAGCGGGCAGCGCUGGAUUGAUCGGGGCAGCAUGGUGUCCUGGCGGAGGAGGUGGCAGGGGCCCGGCCUGGCCCGGCUCUGGGGCUUCUGCUGCCUGGUGCUGGGCUCCUGGAGGGCUUUGCUCGCCUGCCCGGCGCCUUGCACAUGCAGCGCCUCGCGGAUCUGGUGCAGCGAGCCCGCGCCGGGCAUCGUGUCCUUCCCGGUCCUGGAGGGGAGCGCCGAGCGGGAGAACAUCACCGACAUUUACAUCGCAAACCAGCGGAAAUUAGAAAGCAUCAAUAACAAUGAAGUUGGACUUUAUGUUGGACUGAAAAAUCUAACCGUGGUGGAUUCAGGCUUAAAGUUUGUGUCCCGUCAGGCAUUUCUGAAAAACACCAACCUGCAGUACAUUAAUUUCUCCAGAAACAAGCUCUCAAGUUUGUAUAAGAAGACUUUCCGCCAUCUGAAUUUAUCUGAUCUGAUUCUAGUGGACAAUCCGUUCAAGUGUUCCUGUGAUGUUAUGUGGAUCAAGAUAUUUCAGGAGACCAAGUUUUCUAACACAGAAACUCAGGAUUUUUACUGCAUAAAUGACAACAACAAGAGGAUACCCCUUUCGGACAUGCAGAUCCCCAACUGCGGCUUGCCAUCAGCAAACUUGAGUGUUUAUAACCUCACUGUUGUGGAAGGAAGGAGCACUACACUGUACUGCGAAGCUACUGGGGUGCCAUCUCCCAAUGUAUCCUGGGUUGUCCCUAAUCUUGUUUCAAAACAUGAGAGCAAUACAAGUAAGAAUCCUGCUUCCCUAACCAUAAGGAAUGUUUCGUCUAAGGACAGUGGAAUACGGAUUUCAUGUAUAGCAGAAAAUAUUGUGGGAGAAGACCAAGCUUCUGCUGACCUUGUGGUGUUCUUUGCACCAAAUAUCACAUUUAUUGAACCUCCAACCCCGGACCACCACUGGUGUAUUCCAUUCACUGUGAAAGGGAACCCCAAGCCCUCAUUGCAGUGGUUCUAUGAAGGGGCUAUACUGAAUGAGUCUGAAUACAUCUGUACUAAAAUACAUGUUAGCAAUCAAAGUGAAUACCAUGGCUGCCUUCAGUUGGACAACCCUACCCAUUUGAACAAUGGUGCUUAUACCUUACUGGCGAAGAACGAGUAUGGAGAAGAUGAAAAAAGGGUUGAUGCUCAUUUCAUGUCAAUGCCUGGAGAUGGUAGUGGCCCAAUCCUGGAUCCUGAACUUUAUGAUUAUGAAACCACGCCUAAUGAUAUUGGAGACACCACGAAUAACAGUAAUCAAAUCACUUCUACGGAUGUUUCCAACAAAGAGAAUGAAGAUAGCAUCACUGUGUAUGUUGUGGUGGGGAUUGCAGCAUUAGUGUGCACUGGCCUAGUGAUAAUGCUCAUUAUUCUGAAGUUUGGAAGACACUCCAAGUUUGGGAUGAAAGGUCCUUCUUCAGUUAUCAGCAAUGAUGAUGAUUCGGCAAGUCCCCUCCAUCACAUUUCGAAUGGGAGUAACACUCCAUCCUCUUCUGAGGGCGGCCCAGAUGCUGUCAUCAUUGGAAUGACAAAGAUUCCUGUCAUUGAAAACCCCCAGUACUUUGGAAUCACCAACAGUCAGCUCAAGCCAGACACAUGUGGAAACUGACAUCCCGGUUUCUCAGGUGACACAAGGAACGAUUCUGCCAUCCCCAAGUGAGGCAGGAAAAACACCAUACAGAACAAGGAUUUUUCCAUAAGAAACUGUACCAUAGCACCUGAAAAGACCUUGAAGCACAUGCUCACACUUUCUCUGCUUGUUGCAGCCUGUUCAUUGAUGCAACAGGAUAUCAGAAAUGUGAAGACCUGUUUUUUCUUAUUCCUUUGGCGAGGAUAAUGAAUGCUUUAACCGUUACUGCUUGAUCAUGAUGAAUUUAUUGCAAAAUUCUGUAAUCUUUCCAGAUCCAUAUCUAAUGUCCAAGCCAACAGCCACCACUUGUGAACUAGCAAGUGUUGUCAUGCUGCAGCUGAGGGGGAGGGAGGAUGAAGGAACUGAACCUGCCAAACCUCUAUAAGAGUCACAGACUUUUGAAGAUGUAGGAUCAAUAACCAAAUGGGACGCAGAAGUGUUUCCAUCAGGCAGGCAGUUGUGCCAUGUGUCACGUCAAAAAUAAAGCGUAGUCACUAAGAAGUUGUGAAUAAUAAGCUAGAAAAAGUUUCUGUCUUUUUUUCUACAACAUCCUUCCCCCCCCCCCCAAAAAAAAUGGUUGUCCAGCAUAAAAGAGAAGGUCAAGGCUGCAACAACAAGCAGCUAUUACAUUAGUUAUGAUGCAGGGAAAUAGACAAUUUCUUGUUGAAUUAUGGACAGUAUUUUAUCAGAGUGGUGUGCAAACUCACAGAUUGGAACUUUCUCUAGACAGAUGUUUGGCCAGUUGCUGAGCAGCUGCUACAGGCUGUUCAAGAUUAAUGAAUCUAAAUUAACAGUAUCUAAAAUGCUUAAGUGGGAAAAUGGGAGGAAAUCUGAUUAGUGCUACAAAUCAACUGAGGUCCAGAGAUUUCCUUUCUUUUGAACUGGAAUGGCUUAGUCAUCCUCUUUUCCCUUUUAUCCAGGGUUCAUGAUACUUCACCCUUUCCAUAUUUAAUCUUUCCUCUGCUUCCCUUUUUCAAUCCCAUCCGCCUUCAGCAAUUCACCCUGACACUUCUCAUUGCAGACACUAACCUGUGCUGAAAAGAAUUCUCACUUUCCUGCCUGACCAAUGACAAACCUCAUAUAUCAAUAACAUGUGGUUAAUUCCUUCUUUCUGUUAUUUCCUUUUGGCUCAAGAAAAUAACUUCUCAAGGUAAUCAGGAUAUUUUGUCUUCAGCAAGCUGUACCUCUUGUGAUCCUUUGUUAGAUUGGCCAUUAUGGGUCUCAUCCAACUCCCACAGAGGUCAAUGAAAAGAUUCUCAUUGAUUUUAAUGGAAAUUGGAUCAGGCUGUCUUACUAGAGAUGGGUCUGAACCACAGAAGUCCAGAGUUGGAGAUGAAGAGUUAUGGGAUAUUCUGAGCUGGGUCUCUGAGUCUUGCCCAUCUGUUCUUAGAAUCAGAUCACUCUCUUCUCAGUACCACAAAAUAUAUGCAUUCUUCCCAGAUUGCCUAUAGCUACUCUGCUUGUGAGAAGCAAGACUACUUUUAAGAGAACUCUGGUCAACAAUUUUGUUGAAAGAAAAGGAAGAGGUCCAUCCACUGAGAAGAUUCACCUCACCUGUAAGAAAUGUGUCAAGGCUGAAUUGCCACCAUUGGAAUGCAUCUUUAUCAUCUUCCCAGUUUCCGUAACAACAGGACUUUUUCAGAAUCUGAAGCCUGAAGACCUACCACAUUGGAAUACUGUGAGAGAGAAGCAUUCCAGGCACUUCUAUUCAGAAAUCUUGACUUGUUUACUUUUACAAAGGUAUGGAAGAGAAAAUAUAUCAACAGUUUUUUGGAGUGCUGGAUGUAUAAUAUUAGGUUUGUUUAUUUCUUCCCAGAAUGAUAUAUAAAAGACUGUAAACCAACACCUGAAUACUGGAAUAAGAGAAUAAUGUUUCACAAUUAACAAAGCAACAGACUUAGCAUGAUUUUCUUUGGAUGCAUGGCAGAUUUCUUUUUGUAUGAUACUCUGAAUUUCUUAGUACUUUCAAGAUUUGGGCCAGAUUCUCCUGUCAGAGACAUGGAGGUAAAUCUGGAAUAACUCCAGAUUUCAGUGGAAAUUACUCCUGAUUUACCCCAUGUAAUUGAGAACAGGAUUGGGCCCUAUCUUGUGUCAGAUAACAGUGAUGGAAAUGUAAAAGGCAACAGUGUUGUAAAAUCCUUUUGUAAGAGAUAUUUUGUUGUUCCAUUUGUUCUUAUCUCUGAAUGUAUUUUAAUACAUUUAAAACUUCUCUCCGAAGUCAGAAGAUCUACAAACAUAAAAAUGAAUGAAACCAUAUACUGUAGCUUAGUAUAUGUUCAAUCUUCUCUAUGAAGGCAUUGAAGUUAGUGGCACUUUACCAAGAAGGAAUUUAAACCAUUGUUUUGAAAACAGAAUGUUAUAUAAGAGCUUCAAAUUAUUAUAGUACUUAAUACUUAGAUCUUCAAAGCCCUGUAUAAACAUUGUCUAAUUAACCCUCAAAAAACCCUCACCAUCCUCCUGUCAGCUAAGUAAGCAACCAUUAUCAUCCCCAUUUUCCAGAUGGGGAAAAUGAGACAUAGAAAGAUUAAAGGAUCCACCCAAGGCUAUAUAUGAGUCACUGGCAGAGUUGGUAAUAGAACCUUGGAGUUAUGACUCCAAAUCCCCUGCUCUGUGUGUCUGUCUAGGCUUCUAUACAGUCACAGUCAACAAUAUAGCUUCUCUAUAUUUUGUCUGUAAGGAAAAUGCAGAUUAGUAAAUAUUUUUGGAUUUUGCAUUUUUGAAACAGGCAGCUGAGUUACUAUUCUCAUGUCUAAGGAAAUGUUUAAGGGAGCCAGUAUGACCAAAACAAUGAUUAUAUCAACACACUAAACUAUAGUUCAAUUUUAAGAUAUGUUUGCGGAAGGACAUUACAGAGACCACUUUAAAUGGUCUGUAAAUAGUUGUUUUAGCUUCUAACCCCUUCCCAUUCUCUUUAAAACUCCGCUAGACUAGAAAUAGUUUGAGGUACAUUCUGGUUGUUGGAGUAUAAAAGAUAAAAUGAAGCGUCCGCUUCUUUAUCAUGUACUGCCACAAAAAGCAUGCUAAAUGGAGCAGCCUUUCCUGAGGCCAACUUCAAACUCCCCCUUUCUACUCCUGGUAACAUUUGAAGGGGACAGGAGAGCCCUGAAUCACUUAUAAAGCUUUGUAAAUGAUUCUAUUAAUCUACCAUGAUGACACCUCUCUGUUAGACUGAAUAAUAACUAGGUGCUUCAUUUACCUCAGUGAUUUGACUUAGUACAGUCUGUGUUCGCUAUAAAUACGCAAAUUCCAUUUCCUUAGCUGCAAGUGCCAGUUCAGAGUGAAUUAUACCAAAAAUCCAGCUGUUUUACUGGUAACAAUAAAAACUACAGUACCUUAUAUUUCUCUUAGUGAUAAACUCCCCCACUUGACUUGCAUUACUCCUAACUGGUUACACAUAACAACUAGUUAUUACUGUUUAUGAAGUUACUGGUCCAUAAAAUGCCAGAACAAAGUAACUAAAUAUGGGGUAAAGGAACCCAGCUGGUACAUAUUGCUGUAUGUAAGGUUUUAAAUUCAAAAGGAUCAAGAGAGAAAGACCUACAUUUGUACCCAUUUGCUGUGCUUCCUGAUUACAGAGACUUUAACUGUACUGUAAUGUCAUGCUGUACAACAGUUGUAGUGAGGCAGUGGAAGUAUUAAAAAUGACAACAGCCAUAUAGAUGAUAGGCAGGAGAAGGUCUUCCCUGGUUCACACAUUUUGCUCGCUUGAAGAGACCCAGGAGUCGCAUUUACAUUCAGUUGAGUCUGCACUGAGUGUUACAGAAGAUUCAAGUGCAACUAUUCUUCAGGAAUGAAGAGUAAAAGGGAGAGAGGUGACUAUGAUUUAUGGUCACACUGAUGAAGCUUUUAUAGAAGAUAAUACAUGUGUUCUGGCCAUCACCAUAAAAUCAACUGUCCAUAAUUGGUCAGAGCUGCCAACUUAGCUUGAUUAUGAGCGUAACACUUUCUUUUAGGUCAUGUCCAUUAUAUCGGCCUAGUAAGUCAGAGCUCGAGUAAAGUUCAUUCAGCCAUUCCUGCCAUUCCUCUUUACAUUUCCCCCUCUUACACGUGCAUGCUGACAUUCAGGGAGGUCUCAUAUCCACAUGGAGGUUGGAUCUCUGUGCCUCCAUGGAUACAUGCCUUGGGUGGGCUGUGGCUGCAACGGUGGACUGCGGCUGUGGGUGGGCAUGCAUAGAUAAAAAAAUCUGAUAUUUUCCCUUUUUUUUUUUAACUUGACCAGAACAAAACGCUCAGUGCUUUUUCUCUCAGUCUCUUUCUUUCUCUAUCCCAUGCUUCAGAAGUCUGUAACUGAGUUCAUUAUAGUGUGAUAAAUCAGCCAGCAAACUUGCAUUAUGGUGUGUUUGGGCAGCUCCUGCUCCUUAGUGACAGCUGCUUGGCACAGGAUGUUGUAAUUAUCAACUCAAAAAAGAGAUGCUUAUAGGUGCUGAAAGCAUAAUGGCAGUGACUGAGCAUGUCCUCAGCUUCCUCAUGGGCCUCAGCUUCAAAAGCCCUGCUUAGGGAUUGGUUAUAUUGUUGGCUGUUGGCACCGUGGCUGUGGCAGGUCGCUGUCACUUUGGCACUUUACAGAGCCGCUGUUCCCAUAAAAGUCAAUGGGCCUUUUUGUAAUGCGUUAGCUGCUGACAUAUAACUGCUGCCACACAAUUGGCAUUUGUAAGUGCAUUUGUGUUCAUUCUCUUUUUCUAAAAUAACGUUUUUUUAAGGGAGGAUAAACAUACCAUACUUGCCAAUGACAAUUUUUAAAAAAACCUUAUUAAUCAUAUGUCUGAAGAAAAAAUCCAGUCGACCAUUCGCUUGAUCCCACACAAAAUCACACUUCACACACUGUAGAUAGUCCCAUUGUGGGACCUGGUGAAUGAAAAUGGCGGAUAAGUGGUUAAUGAGCCUCCUCUUACAAAAGCAGUCUAAAAGAGCUUGGCUUGUUGAGGCUAGCAAAAUGAAGGCUGCGUGGGAUAUUAUUGGUCUCUUUAAAUACAUCAUGGGGGUAAACACCAAGGAGAGAGAAGAGUUUUGGAAGCUAAAGGUUGAUGUUGGCACAAGAACAAAUGGGUAUAAUCUAGCCAUGAAUAAAUUUGCCUGGAAAUUAGGUUUCUAACUACCAGAGGAGUGAGGUUCUUGAGCAACCUUCCAAUAGGAGUAGUGGGAGCAAACAACCUAAUUGAUUUUAAGAUGGUGCUUGAUGCAUUUAUGAACAGUAUUAUGAUGACGGGGUUGUCUAAAAUAGAAAGGGACAGGACUCUCUGACCAAGGAGGUCCCUUUCAAGCCUAUGUCCUAAUGAAUCAAAAAGACAAUUUUGGAGUUCACAGAACCUGAGUGGGACACUUCAUUUACCAAUGUACAUGACCUUCUAAGCUUUUUGCCUCUGCUACAAUACUUCACUUUAGUAUCCAUUGUGGACUACUCAUAGUGUAUAAAGUUUUGUAUGUGUGUCUUUGCAGAAUCAAGGCUCAAAUCUUUAAUCAUAAUGUCUUUAAAGUGCCCCAUGUAUAAAGCAUUUCAGUGUGAAAUAAAGAAGCAGGCAGCAAUCAUGUUAUAAGCCUGAUGACCAGGAAAUCAGAACUUCAGCCAAAGAUUCAGGAAGCAGUGACCAGAGCUAGACAGAACAGCAGAUUUCCAAAACUCUUUUAUAGGGGAGAAAGGUUAGUAUUACAUGGAUGUGCUAAACCUUAGGGGCGGGGGUGGGGUGGGGAUGGAAAAAGCUUAGAAUUUUCUCAAAAGAGACCUGUGGGAAUUUCCUUCUAUUCCCUAUGUCAAGCUGCAUCUCUGGGUUUCCUGUCUUCAUCUGUGUGGCCAGGUUUUGUUUUCUCUUUGAAUGGUCAUGAACAUAGUUACCUAUCCAGAUGCUAUUAAUGGUGACUCUGAAAUCUUUUCAGGUAUUUUAAAAUCCUGCUGUGUGAUAGUUUGGUUUAGUUUCCAGUCAUGAUCUAAUCAAGGACUCAGUAGUGUAUUUACACAAAUUCCACAGUCAGGGGUAAGUGCAGUGUUACACCACCAUACCUGCCUAAGCUCAGGCUUUGGGGAGAUUUUUCAGACCACCAACACUGCUUCAACAAUCUCAGAACUUCCAAUGAGUAUAAAUCAUCCUAGGCAUAGAAAUCUACUCACCUUUUUCACAAAGAACCUAUAGGUUUUUAUCAUGCAAACAGUUAAACAUUUUACAGUAUCUUGAUAUUCAUAGGCCACAAAACAACACCGGCAGUUAAUGGAGCAGUAUUCUUCAGCUGAAUUUUUACAUAUCAAAGUAUCAUAGACAUUCACUAUAUUAUUUUAAUUGAGAAGAACCAAGCAUGUACUACAUUCAUAUGGAAAUGGAAGGGAAAUCUUUACUACUGGGUAUGUACAAAAUCACAAAAGUGAAAUCAAUAAGUAUAUUAAAAUCAUUGAGGGGCUGAUUCUGCAAAUUCUUAGACCUGGUCUACAUUUAGACUUGGUCUACAAUAGGUUGACAUAGCUGCGUCGGUCAGGAGCCUGAAAAAAACCACACUCCUGAAUGGCAUAGCUAUGCCAACCUAACCUGCACUGUAGAUGCAGCUCUACUGAUGGAAGAACACAUCCAUUGAUGGAGCCACUGUCGUUCAAGGAGCUGGUAUUCCUAUAUUGAUGGAAAAAUCCCUUCAGUCAGCGUAAACUGAAUCUACACUACGGGAUUAUGCUGGCAUAGGUAUGGUGACCUAACUAUGCUAGUAUAGUCUCUGUAGUGUAACCAUACCCUUAGUCAUGUUCAAUCCUGCAAACCUUCACUUGAUUUCAGCUAGAAGAUCACAUGAUCAAGGGUUGCAAGAUAAGAUCCUAUGAUUUCAUAUACACUAGGAUAAUUAAACUGUUACACUACAUUAAUCUCUGCCUGCUUUGCAGUGUGUGCUAGAUACACCUGGUGCAGUAGAGCAAUAAUUGAGAGUGUAAUGUGUGUGUACCUUGUACUUGCUGCCAGUUGAAGCUGCUUUUGUUUUCAGUAAGCGGUGGCAUUCUGAAACUACACGAAGGGCCCCGAAGAAGCUACUAUUUGGGGCACAUUGGUAGAGCCCGAUGUUUCUUGCAAAUGCAGAAUAACAUGAAAUAAAAUGAAAAACCACAAUUAAAGUGACAUAAAAUGAGAAACUCACCCCACAGCAGCUGCUCCCUUGGCUCCUGUCAAUAGGGCUGCACCUGGCUCCCCACUCCAGUAGGCUGCAUGAUCUGGGAAAGUGAUGAACCAACCUGUCUAAGGAAAAUAGAAUCAAUAAACAACAACAACAAAAACCCUGCCUCUGGGAGUUUAACUGCUGAAGGGGAGAAGAGUUCAUAGAACCUGCAUCCCAGGCACUACAUUUUUUUUUUAUGGUUUCAUCCAUCAUCCCUUCUGCUGAGGUCUUUAUUACAGCCCUAGCAUUAGAGUUAGCCCCUUGUUUGUCUCCAAAAGCAGAAAAUGGGCUAUCUUCUUUUUAAUGAAACAUACAAGUAUUUUUGAAGGUCUUUCCCACUCUUACUCCAUGUCGAUGAGUGACUGUGGGGAGCUCUUCCUCCUGAAUCUGAUCACUAGGGGACCGGGGUGGUGGAAGGGCAGCCCUCCACUGUAUGUUAGGGAUCAACCAGUUGAAGUGUGUGUCAGGGGGUGGAGGGAGAGUGGUUCUCGCCUUGCAGUUGCUAUUAUUUAUUUAUCAGUCACAGAGGCUGGGGUGUGAUGGGUGUGGAACUGUUAGCCUGAUGGGGCUCUCUUUUCCCUGGCCAAGCAGUGAAACAUAACUGUUAGCCAAGGGAGAUGACUUCUGUCUGUAUUACCUCUUUGUAAUUCUUCUUCAGGAAGAACCCACCUCCCACAUUAGAAUGUCAACAGAUUCCUCUAUGCCUGACUGCAACCUGUGACAGUAUCCACAUGCAUAGUCUGAUUGACUUCAAGUUAAACAUGUUUAAAUACCUCACUGGAUCAGGGCCUAAAUUCAAUUUUCAAGUUUCUUUUGUAAGUCAUCUUUAAAGGUUGGAAGUAAAUCCUGCUGUCCUACUUCAUAUGGAGGUACAUAAAACAGUUCUCUGCACCUUUCAAAACCAAAGAGAAAAAAGAGAGCAGAGACAACUAUAGUGUAAAUGGAGCAGCCUUUCUGACUUUUGUAGAGUUGCACCCACUUACACCAGGCCUGAAUUUGGCCCAAUGUUCCUGAAUUUAUGAAGCUGUCUUCAUUUCCUGCUCCUCAAAGUUGGGGCUGCCUGUGUUUAGUGAGACCAAACAUAUAAGAGAGAAUCCUCACUUCUGAAAACUAAGAGAGAAAAGAGUUAAUAGUUUGAAGCUAGUGUGUUUAUUAGACCAGAGAUCGGCAACCUUUGGCACGUGGCCCAUCAUGGAAAGCUCCUGUUGGGCUGGGACGGUGGCCAGCACAUCCAUGGGCCCACGCCGCUUCCCGCCACCCCCAUUGGCCUGGAACCCGGCAAACCGCGGCCAGUGGGAGCUGUGAUCAGCCGAACCUGCGGACGCUGCAGGUAAACAAACCGUUCCGGCCUGCCAGCGGAUUGGCCGCUGCUUCCCGCACCCCCCAUAGGCCAAAUGAAAUAAAUACCAGAGGAGGAACACAUACAAAAUCCUACACAACCCAUGCAAGAAACAGUAACUAAUCCAACACUUCUCAAAUAUAAACCUUAAAAGACAACAACCACUGAGUCUCACCUAGAGAGAGGCCACCAAUAUGCUCUAGUAAAUGUCUUCAGUCUUGAAUACAGAGGUCGAGAGCCUAGCCCACUAAAACCUCAGAGGUGAGAUCCAUAAUCAAGAACCGUUUCUCAAAGAGUGCAGUGCUGCAUCUCUAUGCCAGCAUAAUGUCCUGUGAAAGCUGUGGGUUCUAAAGGAAGGUCACAGGAAGAUUUAAGUCUAGUGCAAUUAGAAAGACUUAAAUUCAGAUCAGAGGCAGUCCUGACACUAGCCUGUUUGUCCACUUCUCCCACAAAUGUCUCUGCACCUUCUUCCAUGCUGCCCAUUAUGCAUGGAAGACCCUUCCUCAACUAAGCCAUAAAAUCCCUCCCCAAGACCCACUUCUCCUGUGACGGCUACAAGAAAUCAGCCAACUAAGGAGGGCCAAGGUGAUGGUCAGUUGGGGCAGCUGAUACUAUUUAUUUCUUCACAAAAUAAUACCUCCAUCAAGUUGUGUGUUAAGCCAGCUAUGUGACUGUGCAAACAUUACCUUCAGUCUCUCUCACCUCCUAUUAUUUUCUAUGCUCAUUGCGGAUUAGAUCGGGUUCCCGUUGUAAUCAAUGGCAAAAGUCCCAUUGACUUCAUUGGUGAUGGCUCAUGCCCUGGUUGCAUCUUGGUUCAAAUUAGAUUGCAAUCUUGUUGGGACAAAGACUGUUUUUACCUCUGUGUUUGUACAAUGCCUGGAACAACAGGGCUCCAAUCCAGAUUGGUGUUUUGGGUGGUAAUAUAAAUAUUAAACAAUAAUAGUACAGGAACAGUAAUAAUAAUUAGUACAAGUGAUAAAUAAUAAAUAGGUGGAGGGGACAAAAACAGAAACAGAAAGAAAAGAAAUGCAAACUCAGGGAUGAGCUAAGAUUUCUGCUUCAGGACACUGCCAGCUCUGUAAAGAAAGGUAAAACAGCCAGUCAAUGUCCAAGUGCAGCAAAGUGCUUAGCUACUCUAAAUUGGUGUGUGAAUGCCUGUGGGUGGGGCUAAGUCUUCCACUUUGCCUAAAGCAGUGAGAACCCUAGAGCUGGUGCUGCCUCAGAAUCAGGAGGUCAUCAGGCUAGAUGCUCUACCUCUACCCUAUCCACAAUGAUUUUGUAGCCCCUCAUUACAGGAUUAUCUCUGAAAUCCAACCCUGUUGUUGGUGAGUGACAUGUGCUAUUCAAGUUUGGGAAGCUGUCAGAUCAAAUCAAUCCAAUCCAGUCAUUUAUACCUACUAAUUCUGAGUCUGCCUCAAAUGGCAAAAGAGGGUUGAGGGCAGAGCCUUGAAAUAUCUCAUUGCACAAUAGUUGUUGCAAAGAAGUUUUUGUAAAAUAUCUUUCUAACAUUGCAUAGCCUGUCACAAAUAAUUCUUAUCAGCCAUUGUUUCCCACUUAUAGUCUUAACCAAAUAUGUUAAAACAUUUCCUUACUCUGUUAUUUUAAAGCAUUAUAAGGCUAAAUUCUGUUUUUAAUUACAGAUGUAAUUGAUUUCACUGGGGAUACUCCAGAUUUACACGGAUGCUGAAUUUGAGAGACUGUAUCCUGGAAAGCAAUGACUCUAAAAAGGAUAUAGGGGUCAAAUAGGACAAGCGAGUUAACAUGAGUUCCCAAUACAACAGUGUGGCAAAAAGGGCUAAUGUGAUCCUUGAAUGUAAAAUGUGAGUAGUGGGUGGGAAUAGGGAAGUGAUUGUACCUUUGUACAGAGCUUUGGCGAGACUGAUAUAGGCAUACUGCAUCCAGUUCUGGUGCCCACCCUUUGAAAAAAAGAAGAGCUUUAACAUGAUUCAAGGGCUGGAGAAACUGCCUUACAGUGAGAGACUUAAAGAAGUCAACCUGUUUAGUUUAGCAAAAAAGAAAAUGAUAGGUGACUUGAUUACAAUGUGUGAAGUACCUUCACAGGGAGAAAAUACUGACCACUUAAAGGGCUUUUUAGCAGAGAAAGGCAUAAUAAGGACCAAUGGAUGGAAGUUAAAUUCAGACAAAUUCAAAUUAGAAAUAACACACAAUUUUUUAACAGUGAGGGUGAUUAGCUAUUGAACAAACUGCCAAAGGAAGUGGUGCAUUCUUCAUUUCAUGGUGUCUUCAGAUCAAGACUGGAUGCCUUUCUAGAUGAUAUGCAUUAGUCAAACGCAAGUUAUUGGGUUCAAUACAGGGGAAACUGGCUGAAAUUCUGUGGACUGUAUAAUACAGGGGUCAGACUAGAUAAUCUAAUGAAUCCCUUCUGGCCUUAAAAUCUAUACAACUAUAUCUAUACAACCUAUCUCUCUCUCUCUCGGCACAAUCUAAGUAAAAGACAUUUUAUUUGCUGCUGCUUUUGACUGUUAAAAUAGAUGUAAUUAAAUUUUAAUAUUUUGUAUUGCAAAGUGUCCUGCAAUCCAUGGGUGAAAAAAUCCUGACCCAGUUCAAGUUCAUGACUUCAGUCAAGCCAGGAUUUACCCCAGUGUGUGAAGGAUGCUGUGUAAGGAUUCUGUAAGCUCUUACUACCAAGAAUAGACUACCUGAGGUACAAAACACCAGGCUCAGUGGGAGUAUUUGUAGGGUGAGGCCUUCAAUGCAUCUUUUAAAAUAUGACUUUAUGAGUGUAACAUAUUUAGCUGAAUAACUGUAAGGGGCCUAAUUCUCUCUAUUGUCAAUGAGAGUUACACAUGUGCUUGGAGAUGAGAAUAGGUCCUUCAAUGUAGAAUUCUCUAUUGAUAUCAAUGGGAGCUCUCUGUUUCUUCUCCAACUCAACACUCCCUCCUCCAAUUUACUACUCUCCUAUUUUAAUUAGAGGGGGCUAUAAUUUUAUACUGCUACCUGUUUUGAACAAUUUGUUUUGUCUGGUUUAUCAUGAACUUUACAUUUUAUCUCUAAUUUUUCCCUAAAGUAUUUUGACUCAUAUUAGCUCUUCCAAUCUUGUUGCUGUAGUGAAAUGAGACCUUUUUCACCAGUAUAGGGGAGAUUUUUAAAGUCUCAAUUGCCAUACCUCCCAUUCAAAGUCAAUGGGAGUUGAAUACCUGUGCCUUUAUAAACCUACCCCUAGAUAAUUCCUGAGUAACCACACUAAGAGCAGAAUUUGACUCUAAAGUUUUUGGUAUAUCUCCUUCUAGAGUCUCCUCCCACUGAAGUCAAUGGCAGCAUGAUUGGGCCCUGUGUUUGCUAACUGGAUUUUUCCUCAGCUCAUAUUUCUGUCACAUCAUAUUGUAUAUAUUUGAUUUAUGUUUGUUGUUCUUAUAUUUAAUCUGUGCCCACUUAGUCACAUUCACUGCCAUUUUGUAUUUAUUUAGCACUCCGUUUUGCACAGAAAGGUAACUGUGAUAGAUACAAUGUGACAAGUUGCAAAUACGUAUUCUGUGCAGAUCUGUUUUGCUGCAGUUGACAUACAGGGCUUUGGAAUGAUGGGAUGUUGUGUUUUGCAUUUGACAGUUUGUUAUGGGACAAGUUAUUUACCCAAUAGUUAUUUUAUAUAAGAGUAUUUUGCUGUAGCUGUGAGUUCUCUGUAAAGCAAUAUUUAACAAUUCUUACUUAUUUUACUCUCCAUUGUGAUGUCCUCUUAGAAACUUGACAAUAAAAUCUCUUCACCACUGGGUCAAACA